UAUUUACUCAGUCGUCUUCAGGAUUGCACUUAGAAAUCUGAAACAAUUUAGGACUUUGUCGAGAUUAAGUGUGUUGCGAUAGUUGUAAUAAUUGGUAGUUAAUCCAUUAAAACGCCACUUUUGCCAACUGUUACGUUAUAAGUACUAAAGAUUUAAAGAAAAAAAAUAUAUAAAAAGACAUAAAAAAUUAACAACGGAGGAGAUACAAGAUAUAUUCAAGCAAAUGGACGUUGCAGGAGCUCAGGCACUUUCUACAGCUUUGACCGAUAAAGAACAUGAGAGUUUGGAAAGUGACAAAACAAGAAAGAAAAAUCAAGAAGUAUCAGGAGCUGGCAGUUUCGAUAUAGAAAAAGUGAGACAAAUGAGCAUAGAAAGUAAUAAUUGCACAAAUGAUAAUCAGCAAAAUAUCGGUGAUUCUCAAAGCAGUUCCAAAAACAGUGAAGGAAGUGCAACAACAUUCAUACUGGAACAUAUCAUGCGUACAUAUCAAGUUUUUGGUUCCAGAAAGUCAAGGAAGGCAGCUAGAAGAAUGGCUAUUCAGACGAUGAAACAAAUUGGGUACACAGCAAUGGUUGUGACACCAGGAAAGUUUUCGAUAAAACAUGCUGCUUCAGCACCUUACCAUUUAUUUUUCACGAGAGUAGAAAAUUCCAAAGAGAAUCAACAGUUCUCAAUAACUUUCUCUGAGAUUCUCGACCGUAGUCUUGGAGAAAUUGUUAACAGCCUUCAUUUAAGUUUUAUAGUAAACGUUGGGUGGUUGUAUUUGCAGUAUUUGUUGGCUGGCCAACGUACCGACAUGACAAUUCUGUACAAACAUAGAAUAAACAAUGAGAAUUUAAGUAAAAACGUUACUGCAAUAAGGGUAGAAAACAAGAGCGAUUUCUCUAGCCAUCAUACGAACAUGACGAUCCUGCAAUAUAAAGAUGGGAUUAGAGUGGUUGUCUCUACUGCUGGCUUGUAUCCUGAUGAUUGGGAAAACAGGACACAAGGAUUAUGGAUUUCGCCUCAUCUGCCCUAUCUAAAAAAUGGAUUUACAAAUCCUGGUGAUGGGGAAUCUCCAACGGAUUUUAAAAGAGAUCUCGUGGGAUAUCUGAGGGAAUAUGGAGUAAAUGAGCAACCAGAGUUGACGCAAUGGAUAUGGGCGGUGCAGAAGGCAGAUUUUUCUAAAGUAAACGUGUUUUUCAUCGCUUCUGUUCCGGGUUUUCAUAAAAUUCCCGAAGCUGAUUUUUGGGGAUAUAGGAAAUUGGCACACAUUUUAUCACGUUAUGCUACACUGCCACCAGAUGCUUCUCAGUGGCCUAUAGUCGCACAGAGUUCUGCUGUAGGCUGCUUUGGUUCAACCAUCGAAAACUGGUUGUUGAAAAACAUAAUUUGGUGUAUGUCAAAGGAAAUUUCCAAAGGUUUAAAGAACCACCCGAAGUUUCAGUUUAUUUAUCCGUCAAUAGAGAAUUAUAAGCAAAGUUUUGACUAUCAAUAUUUAAGUACCUCCUUGUCAUACAAUGAAAAAAUGCAUUCUAAACAACAGUGGCUAGAAUCAUAUUUAUAUCAAUGGAAAGCUGAGCGAACAGGACGAGAUCGGACGAUGCCUGGUAUUAAAUCCUACACAAGGAUUUCGCCUGAUUUAAAAAGCAUCCCCUGGUUUGUGCUCACCAGCGCAAAUCUGAGCAAAGCUGCAUGGGGAAAAAUCCAACCAUCCGGUUACUAUAUAGGAAACUACGAGGCUGGCGUCGUAUUCAUACCAAAAUUUAUCACUGGCACAACUACAUUUCCUAUUGGGGAUGAAGAAGAUUCAGCUGUUCCAGUAUUUCCGAUUCCAUACGAUCUUCCAUUAAGCCAAUAUAGACCGGACGAUAGUCCUUUCGUCAACGAAUUUAUCAAUACCUGUCUAGAACUCUGUGGGAACUAA